AGGGGGGGACCCUGAGGAGGAAGACUGCGCUCACCGGACCAGCCAUGCUGCCUGCCGGGGCCUCGCUGCCGCUGUACUGAGGACCCCCGGCCCACCCCCCCCCCCAGACAGAUGAUCCUCUCCAGCUGAGGGGCCUGGACCCUGGCUGACAGACGCACCCCUGUCCUACUGCUCUGACCAUCUCCUGCUGCCCGGCCUGCCUUCCCCUCAUCCUGCUGGCACCCCUGGAAAGCAGGGAGUCUGGGUGCAUCCCCUUCCCUUCCCUCUUCUCCAUGUGUGGUUUCCCGAGGCCCUUUUCAUGGCACCUGCAGAGGAUCAGUGACCAGGGGAGAGUAGAAGAGGUCCAGGCCACUGACAGGCCAAUGAGGCCCAAUUCCAGGGGGCACCCAUGUGGCCAGGUAGACCAGAGAGCCCCCGGCGGGGCUUGGCACUCACAAUGCAAUCUGACGACCUCUUUGUCCGAAGGCUCCGCCAGCCAGCCCGGCCAGCCCUGACCCCACAUACCUUUGAGCCCAGGGGGUCCACAGGGGCCGGAGGACCGCUACUUCGGAGUGGCAGCGAUGCUGGGGAGGCCCGGCCCCCGCCCACAGCGAGCCCCCGAGCCCGAGCCCAUAGCAAUGAGGAAGGAGGUCGCGGAGUCACCCCCACCCGCCUCUUUGCGGACCCCCUGGCCCUACUGGGACUGCCGCCGGAGGGAGAGCCACCCCCCGAGUUCCCCCCAGUCCCAGACCCCCGCUGGUUUGCACAUUACGAUGUCCAGAGUCUUCUUUUUGACUGGGGAGCUGGGGCCAGGGACCAACUCCCCGAGACCCCCCCGACCCCUGGGCCCAUCCAGGCCUCUGGCUCGGCCCUGCUUUUGGAGGCUCCUGGCUUUGUGAGCGAGGUUGGGGGGGAAGGCGAGCUGGGCCUGGGGGGGCUGUUGCCCCCUGCACUGCCCCCCACGCUGCCCAAUGCAGCUAUCUCCAUUUUGGAAGAACCCCAGAAUCGUUCUGAGCCCCACAGCCUAGAGCACACAGACGCAGGGGCUGGGUACUACCGCAAAUACUUCUAUGGAAAAGAACAUCAGAAUUUCUUUGGGAUCGAUGAGACCCUGGGCCCGGUGGCUGUGAGCAUCCGGCGGGAGGAGAAGGAGGGUGGCGGCUCAGCCAGCCCCCAGCACAGCUAUCGCCUCAUUAUCAGGACCACUCAGCUUCGGACCCUCCGAGGCUCCAUCUCCGAAGAGGUCCUGCCACCGGGCCCUCCCCGAGGCCUGUCCCCCAAAAAACUCCUGGAGCAUGUGGCCCCCCGGCUGAGCCCCACCUGCCUUCGUCUGGGCUCCGCCUCCCCUAAGGUGCCUCGUACUCUCCUCACCCUGGAUGAGCAGGAGCUAAGUCUCCAGCGCAAGGUGGGAGUGCUCUACUGCCGGGCUGGCCAGGCCUCGGAGGAGGAGAUGUACAAUAAUGAAGAGGCUGGACCAGCCUUCAGCCAGUUCCUCAGACUCUUGGGGGAUGUCGUGAGGCUCAAAGGCUUUGAGCAUUACCGGGCCCAGCUGGACAUCAAGACGGACUCCACUGGGACACACUCCGUCUACACCACCUACCAAGACCACGAGAUCAUGUUCCACGUCUCCACCAUGUUGCCGUACACCCCCAACAACCAGCAGCAGCUCCUUCGGAAACGACACAUCGGCAAUGACAUUGUGACCAUCAUCUUCCAGGAGCCCGGGGCCCGGCCCUUCUGCCCCAGCACCAUCCGAUCUCAUUUCCAGCACGUCUUCCUGGUGGUCCGGGCCCAUGCCCCCUGCACCCCCCACACCUCCUACAGCCUGGCGGUGAGCAGGACCCAGGACACGCCAGCCUUCGGCCCUGCCCUCCCCCCUGGCGGGGGGCCCUUCCCAGCCUCCGAGGCCUUCCGGGCCUUGCUGUUGGCCAAAGCUCUCAAUGGUGAGCAGGCCGCCAGCCGGGCCCGCAAGUUCCACGCCAUGGCCACACGCACGCGGAGGGACUAUCUUCUGGAGCUGGCCACCAACGAGGUGACCACAACCUCGCUGGACUCGGCCUCCCGCUUUGGCCUGCCCUCCUUGGGGGGUCGCAGGCGGGAGCGGCCCCGGGGCCCGGGCGGCGAGCUGCAGGCUCAGGGGGCCCUGGUGUGGGGGGUGCGGGCUGCGCCAGGCGGUGAGGAUGGGGCAGCCGAAGUGCCCUGCCUGCUGGGCAUCUCGGCCGAGACACUGGUGCUGGUGGCUCCCCGGGAUGGCCGGGUCAUCUUCAACUGCUCCUGCCGAGACAUACUGGCCUGGACCUUCUCCGACCAUCAGCUGGACCUGUACCAUGGCCGGGGGGAGGCGCUGACCUUGCGGGUGGGCGGUGACCCCGGUGAGGCUGUAGGCGAGAUCGUAGCUAGGCUGCAGCUGGUGAGCCGAGGCUGUGAGACCCGGGAGCUGGCCCUUCCCCGCGAUGGCCAGGGCCGGUUGGGCUUUGAGGCUGAUGCGGAGGGCUUCGUGAACCACGUGGAACGCUUCACGUUUGCAGAGACUGCCGGGCUGAGGCCUGGGGCUCGACUCUUGCGGGUCUGCGGCCGCCCCCUUCCCCGUCUGGCACCGGGGGCUGCCGCCGCCCUGUUGCGCUCAGCCCCCAAGGUCUGUGUCACGGUCCUGCUUCCCGACGAGAGCGGUCGGCCCCGAAGGAGUUUUUCUGAGCUCUAUGAGAUGUCCCUGCAGGAGCCCAGCCGGCGGGGGAUCCAAGGGCCGGGGCCUGAGGGGUCCCCAGGGGUGGAUCUACACCGGUCCACAGCUCAGAUGCUGCAUUCGCUGUGCUUGGAGGGUGGCUCUGCUGCCCUGGGCCCCCCGCCAGGCCUCACUGAAGAGAGGACCGAGUUCCUGCACAGUCAGAGCGAUCAGUCGCCCCAAAGCUCCCUGUCCGAUGGGGUCCCAGUCCUGCCGGAUGCCACCCCAGACCUCCUCUUGGCCGCUACCCCCAAGCCCCCCCAUCCCACUCAGGCUGGGGACGGGACAUUGGACCAGGUUCUCCCCGACGCCUCCACUGGACAAGAGGCUCUGGACAGCCCUGGCCCGCUGCCCAGAGAGCUGAGCGACUCCUUCCUGCCCAGGACCCUCUCCCUGAGGAAUUCUAUAAGCAAGAUCCUGUCUGAGGCUGGGAGCGAACCCCUGGAAGAAGAGUGGAAAUCCAUCUCGGAGAUCGCUUCGACCUGUAACAGCAUCCUGGAGGCCCUAGCACGGGAGGGCCAGCAGGUACCAGAGAGCGGGGAUCCCAGGGAAGCCGUCAAAGCGGAGCCCGACUCGUCCUCUGGAAGUUUGUCUGAGAAGGUCUCCCACCUGGAGACCAUGCUGAAGAAGCUUCAGGAUGACCUGCAGAAGGAGAAGGCGGACAAGGCAGCCCUGCAGGAAGAGGUUCGGAAUCUUCGACAUAACAACCGGCGGCUUCAGGCAGAAUCUCAGAGUGCGGCUGCCCGUCUGCUCAGGGCCUCCCAGCAACUGGGCACACCGAGCCCCUGACCCCUCCCUGACUGCUGGGCCCAGGGCUCAGGACCCAGGCCCCUUCUGCUGGGCACUUCAGGCCCCUGACCCCACCCUGACUGCCGGGCCCAGGGCCCUUGACCCUCCCUGACCCCUCCCUGACCCCUCCCGACUGCUGGGCCCAGGACACUUGUGCUGGGGCAGAAGUCACAGGACACCAAGGAACUGGUGCUGGCCCGGGUCCCCUCCUGCCUCAAUCCACCCUGGGCCGCUUCAGUCUGGAUGGAUGUUCCCUCUCUAUCGGGCACAAGAAGGGAGGGGACAUGCCUUGCUGCCCACCCCAGAAGCCUCAGGGGUGUUUUAGAAUGGGGGGCAAGGCCUUGUGUACUUUGGGGUGAAAUGAACCCCCCCAAUCUCCUGGCCCUUCUCAGGACCCCCCAGACUUGGCUUCUCCAACCCUGUCUGUAAAUGUCAUUUGGCAGCAGCAUCCUUGGCAUAAAAAAGUAAAGAACUGG